AUGACAGUACAAGAGGUCGACCCGAAACGAUCUAGAACGCCGCCUGUUUGGGACUACGGGCUGAAUAAGCAGUCAACCAAUAGCAGGCCUCCUUCUUCCCAAGGUUCAGGCCUUCUUUUAAGUGAGAAGUUCGGCCACAGCGUGGUUCCUCAGCCAGAAGUCCUUCAACAGGUACUCUACCCAACCAACGAAGAAUUAAAGCAGAAGAUUCUUACUUACCGUAACUAUAUCAACAGCUUGAUCAAAACGGAUUCAAAUGAUUCUGCCCAACCUAACAUCUUGCCUGAUACUGAGAUAGUGGAGAAUAAGCCACUAUUAGUGAUAACCGGUCCAGAGUACAUAAAAGAUGGUACCCAGGCAAAGAGAUGCGCUCAGUGGAUAGCCGCUUUAACGGGGAAGAGAAAUUAUAAGGUUGUAGGAGAAAUGGACGGUGUUUUGGAAAAAGAGAUAACUCCAUUAUUCAACCCCUUGACGUCUACAGAUCGAAAAGACUUGCUAGUGACAAUGAGAACCAAUUUGAGCGAGUACGGAAACGGAGACAAUGAUCAGGCAAUAAUGUCCUAUGAGAUUCAGUAUGGGAUCCCGAUAUGUCGAGUCUUGCUAACCGAAUUAGCCCAGUACUGUCCAUUGGUAGGUGAACUCUCCGACACACUGACCCCUCAGUAUGUGAGUGAUCUCUACUGUAUUGGACUUUUGAGUCACACUUACACAGAGUCGCAAUUGCAUAGAGAAUUAGCAUCUGGCGUCUCUUACCCCGUGGGCUUUCAAGUUUAUGGAGAUACUGAGAAUGCGUUCAACCAUAAAUUACAAAGUAGCAUUGACGCCAUAUAUUCCACUUCACAAGAGCAUCAUUUUCUCUCUGUCACAAAGUUGGGGAGUGUAGCAGUUAUUGGGACGACAGGGAACUCAGAUACAUUUCUUAUUUUAAAAUUGAACGGCGACCAGCAAGACUCAUACCUUGAAGAUAUUGCUCCUCUUGUGCAACUGCUUCAAAAACACAUUGUAGAAAAGUUUGUCAAGAUUGGGAGACCUGAUAUCAAAAUAAUGCUGGACAUCGGAUCAAUUGAUAACGAAGGCACUUACAAAUACAAGGAGCUGCUGUUAUCUCAAAUACUGGCCAACUCGGAGGUUUCAAGGUAUAUUCUUGGGGUAAUUAUUGACUCCGGGGACUCUUAUCUGCCAGAGUCGCUAGAUCUGGAAGAAGAAUCACAAUCAAUCAGCGGUCCACCACAACGGUUUGAUCACAGAGAGUUAAGACAAAGUCUUUUCAAAAACGUGGGGAAAACCCAUGAAAAAUUAGAUAAGUUCUUCUUCGCAAACAGAUUGCUACAGAGGCUAGUUGAAUUGAGCCAAAAAGGAGAGGUAAAAAUAAGUAAUUCAUUGAAACUCAUUACAUAA